UUAGAAGAAUAUAGAAGUGUUGCAUGGGGCAUGUUUGUGACAAAAGAAGAAGCAGUAGUUUGUUAUGGGGAAAAGAAGCCAAAACAUAAACAAACAGAGGCCGUGGGUGACAUGCUGACACUUAGAUCACUUCAUUUCAUUUCAUUUUUUAGCUAUUUAUUCACUAACAAAGAGCCUCCACCACCUCUCUCUCUCUCUCUCUCUCUCUCUCUCUCUCUCUCUCUCUCCUGUGUGCUUUGACAAAAUGCUUUAUCUGAUGGACUGAGAUUGGUGGAUUUUUGCAAACAUAAGGGUGGUUUCUUCAUUCAGGCCCCACACACACACUCUCUCUUUGAUAUGAAAACCUCAAAAUCUGAUCUUGGAGAGGAAGCAGCCACAGAGAGUGAUAGUGAAGCUAUCAACAUGUCAAUUCAAGACAGCAGCAGCCUAAUCGAGCCCACCUCCGGCUCACUCUCCCUCGACCUAUCUCUAACCUUCAACCCGAGCCAGGACGCAGGCGCGGAAUCUGUGGGAUUCUCCUCAUCCCCAACCCGGACCACAGCGCCUUCACCAAGAGCAUUCCCGUGCAACUUCUGCCAGAGAAAAUUCUACAGCUCGCAGGCGCUGGGAGGCCACCAAAACGCGCACAAACGCGAGAGAACGCUAGCGAAACGCGCAGUCAGAAUGGGCGUCUUCUCAGACAGAUACGCCGGCCUGGCUUCCCUCCCUCUACACGGAUCCCCAUUCAAGUGCCUAGGAAUCAAGUCACACGCCUCCGCGCACCACCAGUUCCUGCCCCCAGAACAAUCUCGAAUCACCCCAAGAUUCGGGGAUGCUUACCUCUUCCAGCCUAUCUACAUGGAGCAGGAGGAAGGCGAUCGCCUCUUCUGGCCGGGUAGUUUUAGCGCUGACAUGUCGUCCCCUACGAGUUUUGUACAUGAUGCAACCUCACAUGUCACUUAUCUACAUAAAACAGCAGCAUUUGCCUCAGAAUCGACACCAGACCUCACGCUCCGGCUAUGAAAGCUCGGUGUCGAGUCAAUCAAACUGUAGAGUAGUGUAGGGUGUGCAUCUUUCAGCUUCAAUGUGUGAGUGACUCUGUUUUUAUUCUUCUUAGAUAUGUUAGCAAGAUUGGCUGAACCUUCUAAUUUUCAUGAAACUUGAUCUGCUAUGCGGCACGGAUACGGAUACGCGUAUCAGUAUCCGAAGGAUACGGAUACGCGGAUACGGCUCUUUCCCAAACAACCCGAUACGCGGAUACGUUUUAACUAUUUUUUUAAUAAAUAAUAAUAGUGCAUAAUAAAUUACAAAAUAGAUAUUCUAAUGUUAUUAUACAAAUAAAAAUAAUAAAAUUACAAAAUAUUAAAAGCUAAA